UCUCAGAGUUGGCCGUGACGCGCGGCCCAGGGGAAGACCGCAUAGAUUUCACCAGAAUGCUCCGACCAUCGAGGUUUCUCACCCGACGACUUGUGUAUGGGAAUCUCUUCGCGCUCCUCGCCUUUUGAGAGAAACUCACUUUCUGAAGAGACACGGUGAAAGCGGUGGAAGCGGUGGAGACCUCCGGAUCGCGAAAUGUUGGGAUGGAAGGCGCAGACUUUGACUCGCCGUCUCCAACAGGAGUAUGAAGUCCGACUUCGCGGGUGUGAGAUCUCCGAGAGUGAAACUCUGUUGCCUUGGGAUAUCGCUACACGCUUUCGGGGAAAUACUAUAAAGUGGGAAACGGUAACCAUCUCGCAGUCCCCGCAACAUGGCCUCGGCUGCUAAUGCGCCCUCCGAGCAGGAAAACAGAGACCCCGAUCGGCCGAGGAUAACGCGGAGGAACAGGGGGGACUAUACCCGCAGCACACCGCUGGAUUUGGAGUAUUUGCAGCGGCCGAGUUACUGCGAUGCGGGCUUUGCUCUGGAGCAGAUCACAGAGGGGAAGGCGACUGGGAGGAAGGCACCCCUGUGGCUGAGAGCGAAGUUCCAGAGACUUUUAUUUAGGCUGGGCUGUUACAUACAAAAGAACUGCGGAAAGUUUUUGGUUGUGGGCCUCAUGAUCUUUGGAGCAUUUGCUGUGGGCUUGAGGGCAGCUAAUUUGGAAACGGAUGUGGAGAAGCUUUGGGUGGAAGUUGGCGGGCGUGUGAACCAGGAGCUGAAGUACACUCGACAGAAGAUAGGCGAGGAGUCCAUGUUUAACCCUCAGCUGAUGAUCCAGACGCCGCGGGAGGAGGGAUCCAACGUUCUAACGGUGGAGGCGCUCCUGCAGCACCUGGACUCAGCUAUCCAAGCCAGCAGAGUUCAUGUUUACCUUUAUAACAGACAAUGGAGCUUAGACCAUUUAUGCUACAAAUCAGGAGAACUAGUCUCAGAAACAGUUUACAUGGAUAAGAUCAUAGAACAUCUUUAUCCCUGCCUCAUCAUCACCCCUUUGGACUGUUUCUGGGAGGGAGCGAAGCUCCAUUCUGGAGUGGUCUAUCUCCCAGGUAAAGCCCCUCUGCAGUGGACCAACUUUGACCCCAAGGAGUUCAUCAAGGACUUACGAAGUUCAAACUACCCGGUAGAAGACUUUGAGGACAUGUUGGAAAAGGCUGAUGUUGGACACGGUUACAUGGAUCGACCCUGUCUGAAUCCUGCUGACCCUGACUGCCCCCUCACUGCACCCAAUAAGAACUCAACUAAGCCGAUCGAUGUGGCGCGGGCCCUGAGUGGCGGCUGCCAUGGUCUGUCCAGGAAGUACAUGCACUGGCAGGAGGAGCUCAUCGUAGGAGGGCCCACCAAGAACGGCAGCGGACCCCUGCUCAGUGCCCAGGCCUUACAGACCAUGUUCCAGCUGAUGACUCCCAAGCAGAUGUUUGAGCACUUUCGGAACUAUGAGGACAUUUCCCACAUCAACUGGAAUGAAGAAAAGGCUGCAGCUAUACUCGAAGCCUGGCAGAGGAGAUACUCUGAGGCAGUGCUGCAAAGUGUGGCAGCAAAUUCCUCCCAAAAAGUUUUGUCCUUCACAACCACCACUCUGGAAGACAUCCUCAAAUCCUUCUCUGACGUCAGUGUUAUACGUGUUGCCAGCGGAUACCUGCUGAUGCUGGCCUAUGCAUGCUUGACCAUGCUGCGGUGGGACUGUGCCAAGUCUCAGGGAGCUGUGGGGCUGGCGGGGGUCCUUCUGGUGACGCUGUCCGUGGCAGCUGGUCUGGGUCUCUGCUCUCUCCUGGGCAUCUCCUUCAAUGCUGCCACCACGCAGGUGCUCCCUUUUUUGGCGCUGGGAGUUGGGGUGGACGAUGUUUUUCUCCUCGCUCAUGCCUUCAGCGAGACCGGACAGAACAAGAGGAUCCCCUUUGAGGACCGUACGGGGGAGUGUCUGAAGAGGACCGGGGCCAGCGUGGCCCUCACCUCCAUCAGUAACGUCACGGCAUUCUUCAUGGCAGCCCUCAUCCCCAUCCCGGCGCUCAGAGCCUUUUCCUUACAGGCUGCGGUGGUGGUGGUAUUUAACUUCGCCAUGGUGCUGCUCAUCUUCCCCGCCAUCCUCAGCAUGGAUCUGUACCGAAGAGAAGACAGACGUUUUGACAUUUUCUGCUGUUUCUACAGCCCAUGUGCCAAUCAUGUGAGUCAGAUCGAGCCUCAGGCAUACCUGGAUGGAGCGGACGGAAGUCGCUACAGCCCUCCCCAAUCGUAUCGCACUCCUCCUCCCUCCUAUCGGACGCCUCCCCCAAGCUACAGCAGCCCCCCUCCGUCCUACAGCAGCCACGGUUUUGCCCAGCAGACCCAAAUCACCAUGCAGUCCACAGUGCAGCUCAGGACAGAGUACGAUCCCCGGACGCAGGCCUUCUACACGACGGCCGAACCCCGAUCCCAGAUCUCGGUGCAGCCCAUCAACCCCGCUCCAGCUCGGAGCAACCCCAACAGCGACUAUUACAACAACAACAACGCCAGCGGAGGCAGCAGCAAUCACUCCAAUGUCAGCAACAACAACAACAGCGGCGGCCGCAGCAACGGGCCGUCCCGAGGUUCCGCCACCUUCUCCCAUCUCCAUUCUGCACCUUCUCCCACCGCUCCGGCGUCCAGCGCCUGCUCGGUUCCUCAGAGCGACGCGGCCUCGUCGACCGGCCAGGGCCCAGAGAACAACAGCUCCACGCGGGACCUUUUGUCCCCGAUCGGGGAGGCUUCACUGGGCCUCCGCUGCCUGGAGCCUCCCUGCUCCCGCUGGACCCUCGCCUCUUUCGCUGAGAAGCACUACGCUCCUUUCCUUCUGCAACCCACAACUAAGGUGGUUGUGAUCGUGCUGUUCCUCUGCCUGCUGGGGGUCAGUUUGUACGGAACCACCCAGGUGAGGGACGGCCUGGAGCUGACGGACAUCGUGCCCCGAGAGACCAGCGAGUACGACUUCAUCGGCGCCCAGUUCAAGUUCUUCUCCUUCUACAACAUGUACGUGGUGACGCAGCGCGCCGACUACGCCCUGAACCAGCCGCUGCUGCACCAGCUCCACCAGAGGUUCCACACGGUUCGCUACGUGUUGAAGGAGGACAACGGACAGCUGCCCCGCAUGUGGCUCCACUACUUCAGGGACUGGCUGCAAGGUCUCCAGCAGGCAUUUGACAAGGAUUGGGAGGCCGGCCGCAUCACCUACAGCAACUACAGGAAUGGCUCAGACGAUGGCGUGCUGGCGUACAAACUUCUGGUGCAGACAGGACGCAGAAACAAGCCCUUCGACAUCAACCUGCUGACACGCCAGAGACUUGUGGACGCAGAUGGAAUCAUCAAUCCUGGAGCUUUUUACAUCUAUCUGACCGCCUGGGCCAGCAACGAUCCCGUGGCGUACGCCGCCUCGCAGGCCAACAUUCGUCCACACCCUCCCUAUUGGCUCCACGACCGCACCGACUCCAUGCCCGAGACACGCCUCAGCAUUCCGGCUGCUGAGCCCAUCGAAUACGCACAGUUCCCCUUCUACCUCAACGGGCUCCGGGAGACGCCACAGUUCGUGGAGGCCAUAGAGAGCGUGCGGGCAAUCUGCAACAACUACAGCCGACAAGGCUUGCCCUCUUACCCCAAUGGCUACCCUUUCCUGUUCUGGGAACAAUAUGUUAGUCUACGCCACUGGCUCCUGCUGUCCAUCAGUGUUGUGCUUGCCUGCACCUUUUUGGUUUGUGCCCUUUUCCUGCUCAACCCGUGGACUGCCGGCAUUAUCGUGUUGGUGCUCUCACUCAUGACUGUGGAGCUGUUUGGCUUCAUGGGGCUCAUGGGAAUAAAACUCAGCGCUGUUCCUGUUGUCAUUCUCAUCGCCUCCGUGGGCAUCGGAGUGGAGUUUACUGUCCAUGUUGCUCUGGCAUUCCUGACAGCCAUAGGGGAUCGUCACAAGCGGGCAGUGCUGGCGUUGGAGCACAUGUUUGCUCCGGUGCUGGAUGGAGCCUUCUCCACGUUACUGGGGGUCCUCAUGCUCGCUGGCUCUGAGUUUGACUUUAUCGUCAGGUAUUUCUUCGCAGUGUUAGCCAUCCUAACAGUUCUUGGAGUACUGAAUGGAUUGGUCCUUCUCCCAGUAUUAUUGUCAUAUUUUGGACCCUAUCCAGAGGUAUCGCCAGUGGAUGGUCGUAGCAGGUUACCCACACCCUCUCCGGAGGCCCCCCCUCACGUCGUCCACUUCUCAGUCCGUCCUCACCAUCCCACUGCGGCCACCACUACCUCCGGUGCAGCCUCAGACUCAUCAGACUCAGAGUACAGCUCCAACACCACGGUGUCUGGCAUCAGCCAGGAGCUGCAGAAUUACAACCUGCAGUCGCACAGGGGGCAGCAUCGAGUCGAUGAACAGCAGUACCACCUCCAGACCAGCAGGGGCAGAGCGGGCAGGACCGAGGAGGACAGGAGAGCGGGAUCAGGACACAGGCGUCCCGCCAGGCAGCAAGAACCUCCAGCCUACACUGUGUCUUCGUCUGUCUUCUCUCAGGGUUGCGAGUCCGAACCCCAGCAUGGAGCCACUCAGCGAAACAGCAACAGAGACCCCAAGAGCCAGCUGCACCGGCAGGCCCCACCUCCAGCCCGCCCGCGCUUGGACGCUUUUGAAACUGCUACUGAGGCUGGGGGCCACUACGCCUCACACGCUCACAGAGAACGCUCAGCGGGCCACAGAGGCCGCGCUCCCCACAACCCACAACCGAAUCACCACCUCCCUCACCACCACCACCCCAACCCCACCCCUUACUGCCAACCCAUCACCACGGUGACUGCAUCUGCCUCCGUCACCGUCGCCGUUCACCCGCCCCCCCUGUCCAACCAGAGCCCAGCUUCCUCUUACCCAGCGUACACGGCGACAGACAGCUACUGCCCAUCAGGCUCGGAGGAGGCGGACUCCUCCUUCCAGGAUCCACAUGUGCCGUCGGGCACCCACACGGGGGCCAGGGGGGACAAGGUGGAGGCCAUGGAGCUACAAGACUUGGAGUGUGAGGCAGCUGAGAGGAGCAGUGGCAGGUGGGCAAGCUGAGUUCUGGAGGACAGAAGUACUUCGGCCAAAGAUGGACUCCUCUGUUUGACUAAGCAGCUGGUUCGGCCUGGCACAGCCCAGCUCAGCAUUGCCCAGCCUGGCACUCCCCUCCCAACCCCACCCGCAGCAAGGAACUCGCCAGUGUGGCCAUAAUGGUGCUCAUUCUUACUGUAACUCAGCGGACUAUUGUCUUAGAUAUUUCUAUCUAUAUUUAAAAGAUGUAUACAUGUAAAUAUGAACAAAAAAGUAGGUAUAAUUUUAGGAGCUGUACAACUCCUCAUGUUAACAGACUGGGGCUGCCAUUUUAUAUGGUGUGUGGGUGCAUGUGUGUGUAAAUGUGUGUUCAUGUGUGCAUGUGUGUGAGAGAGAUAGUUCUCUGAUUACUGUUCAUCUAUCUGUGGAUCUGUGCCAUUAGGAAGCUUCAUCUAGGCAACAAGAAAAACCUGUCAGCAUUCACUGUUGCUGCUUAAAAUGUUUUAAUAAGUCACAUUUAUAACUCUAUGCAAAUAUCUCUUAAAACAAAAGAAGUGGUGUGUGUGUGCGUGCGUGCGUGUGCGUGUGUGUGUGUGUAGGGCUGUAUAAUGUGAAGCAGUCCCUUUAUUUUCUGGCUUUUAAAUCAGACACAUCCUCAAAACAGACUAACAUUUAAACUCAUUUAAAACAUGAGUGAAGCUGUUAGAAUCAUGAAACAAAGCGAGUGUGUGUGUAUGUAUGUGUGUGUAUGUGUGUUUGUGCGUGAGCGUUUGAUGUUGUAUAAAAGGUACGCUUGUAAAACUAUUAAUUUGUUAUCACAGACCUGUGGUAGUUAUGAAACAAUUACUGUUUAACUUGACACGCCAUGCGUGCUAUUUAAGACGAGCUGAUAUGAAGAAAUUUUAUAAAGGUGUUUCUUUUGUUUUGUUUUUUUUUUAGUUAUCGCCUCAGCAUUGAAACCUGUUUCUGCUUUCAGCCUUGUAUCACUGUCUGUUGAUCUCUGAUCUCCGGUUGUAUUUUACUGUAACUCGUCAUAUAUUGUUUAACCCUAGCAGGCUCAGAACAGGUUCUGCCUUGUAUCCUCUGCAUACAAGCAGCGACCCCACCUCAGUAACUCACUCUACCGUCACAGGGACAUCUGCAUCACUGAUUCUGGUACAGGGUCAACACGGGGCGCCGACUCCGUGGCUGUGUCUCGUGAAUAAGCUAAGGUUCAGACAAUACUGUAUGACCCAACUCAACAUGGCACUUGACUGCAUUUACGCUUCAUCCACAGGAAUAUCUCACCUAAAGUAGCUCUUCAUAUCCAUUCAAUAAGCUAAACCAUGCAGCCUGCUAAGGAAUAAGCUCUAUAUGGCCCGACAAUGUGCUCUGUGUGUGUGUGUGUGUGUGUGUGUGUGUGUGUGUCCCGGUGUAUGUUUGUGCAUUUAUAUGCGUGUAAGGUAGUCUUCUGUCUAUGUCCGUGCUGUCUCUUCAGUGACAGGAAAGACAACUGUCUCCAGUUCGGCCACAGCUGUCCAACACCGACCUCAAAAAAAAAAAAAAAAAAAAAGUUUCUCUGACAUAAUGCCAUGACACUAAUUGGAUAUCUCCUCUCAACUGCUAAAUUGCACAG